GUUUAAAAACAAAUAAUAAUAAUGAUAAUAAUAAUGUAAUAAUGUAAUUAAAGAGGCAUCUAAAUACAGCACAACAAAAGGAAACAAUCCGGCUGGAAAUCUAGACAAUGAUCCGGGUGGAAAUAUGAACUAUGCGAAAGGUUCCCAACAAACGUGGAACAUUUCCACACGUUUUUGCUACCGUUACGAUAAUAGAGGCAAAUGAACGAUUUCCAUAUUUCUUUGCAGGACAAAAUUAGCGUUAUGAAUUAGUAGUACAGUAAGUUGUAUUUAAGAAAUGCAUAACAAGAUAAUAUCUUUCAGUGUUUAAAUAAGUGGGUAGUAAUAGUUAGUUGGACUGCAAAACCCCAAAGUCCACUUCAACGGUCGCCCAAUGUCUCAGUUGGAGUGGGCUGAGUCCCAACUCGCAGAGAUAGAGUUGCUGUCGAGCAUGUAUCCGACAGAGAGCGAGUUUGAGAUCACAGAUCAGGUGGCUCUAGCGGAGCUGCGGGAGUCCGUGGAGAGUCCAUGCAGCGACGCUCCUCCUCAUCACUCCAGACCCCAGUUCCUCUUGAGACAGCAAGUAGACACCUCCUGCAACGGUGGGGUUGACCUCACGUUGUCUUGCACUUUUCCAUUCGAUUAUCCUAAAGUAUUGCCAGAAAUGAAUGUGCGGUGUACAGAUCUGAACCGGGCCCAACAAACGCGUCUCCAAGCGGACCUUACAGUCUACCUGCGGGAGAACUGCAGAGGGGAGGUGUGUGUCCUGACGGCCGUGGAGUGGCUGAAGGACAACGCCCAGCACUACGUCGACCCCACCUCCCCGGACUCUUCUGCGGCGGCGGUGACCGGGGGGGCGGAGGUGUUCAGCCGACUGUGGAUCUACAGCCACCACAUCUACAACAAGAACAAGAGGAAAAACAUCCUGGAGUGGUCCAAGGAGUUGGGUCUCUCUGGGUUCAGCAUGCCCGGGAAACCGGGCGUUGUCUGCGUGGAGGGACCGCACGGCGCCUGCGAGGAGUUCUGGUCAAGGCUCAAGGUUCUGACCUGGAAGAAGAUCAUGAUCCGCCACCGCGAAGACGUGACCUUGGAGGAGGGGCGGGGCCAGGCGGAUGACGAGGGGGGCGUGGCCUCUCUGCGUAAGUUUAGCGGGUUCGAGGAGGCAUCCUUCGAUCCCCACGGCAACCGCGGGAACCACAUGGACCUUGGCUUGCUCUACCAGUUCCUUAGCGAGAGGGGCUGCUGCGAGGUCUUCCAGAUGUACUUUGGGGUCGAGGGUCGGUGAGACCGAAGAGGAGGACUGUUUUUUUCGUGAGUGAUGCUUGAGGAAAUUCUUAGGUGUGUGAUAAAAAAUGCUGCUAAAUGACAUUUUGUUUUAUGUGGGGUUUAGAACAUUUGUCUCAUCAUCUCAUCGUCAUCCGCUUAUCCGGGGUCGGGUCGCGGGGGGAGCAGCUCAAGCAGGGGGCCCCAGACUUCCCUUUCCCGGGCCACAUUGACCAGCUCUGACGGGGGGAUCCCGAGGCGUUCCCAGGCCAGUGUUGAGAUAUAAUCUCUCCACCUAGUCCUGGGUCUUCCCCGAGGUCUCCUCCCCACUGGACGUGCCUGAAACACCUCCCAAGGAAGGCGCCCAGUGGGCAUCCUUACCAGAUGCCCGAACCACCUCAGCUGACUCCUUUCUAAGUAAAGGAGCAGCGGCUCUAAUCCGAGUUCCUCACGAACAUUUGUGUUCGUUUUAAAUAAUUCUGAUAUUGUCUGGCCCUGAUUCAUUGAAGGAAUCCUGCGUUUAACUUUGAUUAUUAAUUAGAUCCCCAUGGGAUCCCAAUAGUAAAUGUAAUAGUUCAUAUAAUUAUAUAAUUAGUGCUGAGGGUAAUAGCUCUUGGGCAACCUCUAUUGUUAACGGAUUGAGUCAUUAACAAUAAGACUUAUGACACAAGACAUAUUUCUUCAGAGACUGAACAUCGAAAUACUUUUGGUCUCAAGCAUUUCUAUCAAUAUGUAAAGUAUAUUGUGAAAUAAAAAUAUUUAUA